AUGGCGAUUGGUAGACGACAGUUGUUCUCGAUCGCCACUACGACCUGUGUGGUGUCUCAUGAGGCAAGCCAUCUUUCGAAGAGUUCGAUUGCGGCGGAUGUUGCUUUUGCUUCUGGCAUAAGCGGAAGUCAGAUAUUGAGGGUUGAAGGAGGAGAAAGUGUUGGAGUAAGCUUGUCUCCUAUGCUUCAAAACAAAGAAGUAUCAACUGAAGAAGAAAAUUGA